UAAACUACUACUGUGAUCAGCUACUCCAGUCCAGUGUGAAGAGACGAAGCUGAGCCGGCUCCUAGCGUUCUCUUCUUCCAGUGUGACUGCAGCCACUCCUAUCGUGUGUGUUCUUCAUUUUGGCCUCUGUUUUUUCUUAAAUCCGUAAGACCACCUCUCCCAUCCUAGAUUCCACCGGCGAUAUGGGUGGCAAGAGGAAGAACGCGGUGGACGGCAAGACGCCGCUGUCGAAGGGCCGGCCGGGCCGCAAGUCGGUGGCGGCGCCCAGUCCAGCUGCUGUAGAUGCGCCGGCGCUGGCGGCGUCCGGCGCGAAGGUGCUAGCCGGCGGCGCUGUCGCGGUAGCGGGGCCGGAGGGGGAGGUGGUGAAGCUGCUGGACUCCGACGUGCCCAAGGCGGUCCUCCGCUGCGACGAGUGCCAUGGCCCUCUGAAGCCCCCCGUUUACCAGGUUAGCCGAACAAACAACCCAAAAUCUGCAUCCCGUACACCUCACACAACUCGUAAGUUUUAUUUUUGUCUCUCUGCAUGGCAUCGACCGCAGUGCUCACGUAUGCAUCACGUCGCGUGCGGCGACUGCGGCGGCGAGUGCCGUCCUUGCGCGGGCUUGGCCGCGUCCGCCGUCGUCUACGUCCAGAACGCCUACCUGGACACCCUGUUCGGCUACACGAAGGUGGCGUGCCCAUACAAGAAGCACGGCUGCGCGAGCUCGGUGGCCUACCGCGACGCCGCGGCGCACGCGGCUGCUUGCGCGUGCGCGCCCUGCUCGUGCCCGGAGUGCCUUUUCGAGGGCUCGCCGGCGGACCUCGUGCGCCACCUCACCGAGGAGUCCGGCCGGCACGCCUGGGGCGCCCGCAAGAUCACCUACGGCACGGACCACCGGUAUGUCUUUGACGAGCUGGAUUCGGAGGAGAUUUGCGAGGAGCUCUUGGUCGCGGAGGAGGACGACGGCGUGUUCCUCUUGCACAUUCACCGUGUCGAACUCUACCACCACGUCGCCCUUGCGUGUGUCAGGAAUAAAGCCGCCGCCGGGCCGGUGUACAGCUCCUCCGUCGCAGUGGAGGGCCCUCCGGCCAAGGGGCUCGUUGUGAAGCUGGAGACGAAGGUGGUGGCGAGCUGCCCGGUGCCCACUGAACUGGUGUACGACGACUAUGAGGCUCUCCCUGUGCUUCCGAGGAUGCUGCAUGAGCGAGACGAGAGCAGGGAGCUCCAUGUGCGCGUCUGCAUCAGCAAGACCCAGAGCAUCAGCGAGUGAUGCUAAGAGGGUCAUCAGAAAUCCAGUUAUCUUUGCGUGAAGCCAGGAGAUAGUUUCGUAGUAGUGGGACGCGGCUGUUCUACACCGUGAGCUCAUGUCAGCUCGGGUGUUAAAAAAAAGAAAAACAAUUCAAAAAUUCUGAAUUUUUUUUGUAUGAAACAUUGAGAAAUUGUUUGUUGGCUUGCAUAGUUUCAUCACCAUACGACAUUCUUGGAAAUCAUGACAAAAGACAAAAUCAAUGCUCCAAAAUGUUAUUUAAAACUUUAUGAAGUACUCCAUUCGUUUCUAAA